UUGACGCAGGCUUGUGCUGUGGAGGCGACUGUGCUUCCCUGACAGUAAUUUUCUUAUAACUAUUUUUUCAAGAUUUUUCAUCGCAGGGCGAAUGACAGUCCGUGUGGGACAGAGGCACCUUUCAUGUAGUGUAAACCUUCGAAGAACUGACUCCAUGGAGGUCGUCGACAGCCCGCUCAACCUCGCUCACCAACAGAGCAGGAAGGCAGACCGUUUGGUAGCGGCUGGAAAGUAUGAAGAGGCCAUCUCCUGCCAUGGAAAAGCAGCAGAUCUUUUGACUGACACAAUGAAGACAACAGAGUGUGCACAGGCUCGUUUGUCCAUGGAGCUCCAGAGGGACAGUCAUAUCAAACAGCAGCGACUGAUCCAAGAGCGCUGGAAGAGAGAAGUUCGUCGUGAGGCGACAAAGGCCAGACCUGGUCCGGUACAGCCCUCGAGCAGCCAGGCCCUCCUUACUCAAACCCAGCCCGCAGGCCAGCUACAGCCCCACGGCUUCCACGGCUCCCCGGCUGCCGAGUACGGAGGAAUCAGGGAGAGAGAGUAUGACACCUUACUCUACCAGCUUCAGACUCGGCAGACUGGAGGCUGCACGCCUUUGACGCUACCGUGCCCUGGAUCUAAGACCACCAAAGAUGACAAAACUCGCCUGGAAGAACAACAAACCACCAUCGAGGACCUGCGCCGCCUGGUCGAGCACCUGAUGGACGAGAACCAGCGCCUGGUGGCGGAGAACAAGCAGCUGCGAUCGGAAAACACACGGCUGCGCUCCGAGGCGGUCGAGGCGGCGGACUUUGUGGAGCGCUCGGAGCUCUGGGUGCUGCCGCAAGCAGGCGGCGCUAUGGGAACAGGGGGUGGGCAGGAGAGGAAAAGCAUGGGGAAGGAGAUCGCAAUCCCCCAGCUGCCGCCACUGGAGAUGCCAGCUCAGGAAGAUCUGUGUCUGGAUGACCUGCCUCCUUUGGAGGACAUCCAGAACGAACUACAGGAGCUACUGGACAGGGAUAAACUGUGAUAAGACGCACGGCUCACGCGCACACACACACACACACACACACACACACACACACACACACAGACACAAUCAGGAGGGUUCAGCCAGUGUGGCUUUGGAGUUCACGUGUUUUACAUGAGCUCCCCACAGGCUCGAGUGAGGGAGCUGUUAAUCAAUGUCAUACAGUCUGGAGAAGAGGUGUAAUCAGGGUGAGUGAUAACACCUGUUCCACUAAUACAACACAACCUACGUCCAACAUAAAGGUACAGCAUCAGCAUGGAGCACAGUCAGCUCUGUGUGAACCUUCAAGAAAAUAACUAAGCUUGUCCGAAUUAUGUUUUUCAGAGUGUGUGUGAAAGGUCCUUCUCGGGCCUUAAAAACAAUUAAAGUUGCACUUCCCAACUCUUUAUUCCCCCAGAGCAUUAAACCCCGUCUCACAGACCUUCCCUCAGAAUGAUCACCAUCCAUCCAUAUUUGUGUCAUUGAAUGACAGCUGAGCAAAGACCAUGACACACAGCUAAUGAGGCAAAACACUGUCUGAGUAUUUUAUUGUGAAAUAAGUGGAUUUGUCAGUGUCAUUUCUGGGAAGAGCCUCAGAAUAAGUGUUGUGAAGCUGAACGAUCGCAGUUUUUAUCCACAGGUCAAACAUUUCCAUGAUAUUUUGCACUUGUCUGUCAGCAGGAGAUGGAUGAAACUUUAAAAAUGCUGCUGGAAAUACUAGUUAGCUAUUUAGUUUAGUAAAUAUGAAAUGAGUAUGGCAUUCAUUUGUCUUGAUAUUACAUGGGUGGGAUUUUGUCAGUGUGAUUUUGGAUCAGAUGAGAGGAAAAGAGUCAGGUGUAAAGUCACACACACACACUCUGCAUGUACCUAGACUGAUGAGUUGACUUGAGUUCUCAGAAGCAGUCGUCAAGGUUUGCAACAGGAACAGGAUGUUUGCAGUUCAUGUCUUUAAUGCUCUCCAACAGGAAGGCAGAGCAGGGAUUGUGCAUGUAUUAGCUUAUUCACUAUAAAGCAUCUGUACUGAGUGUAUCAGCUGACAGACCUGUAGACAGACACAGACACGUCUGACUCACUUGUAGAGCUUGUAGAACAAUGAAUUCAUUAAUCAAUCAUGCUUGAGUUACAUAAUACAUUGCAUCAUGUGGCAGUGCAGUUGUAGGGGGAAACUGAUUUGCAGUGCCUUGCCGUGCAGUGGUAACAUAUCAGGUGAACAUGCAAGAACACUGUGCUGGUUCUUGUACAGAGGACUGAAUAGCUCUGUAGGAAGUUGAUUGAAAUUUACUUACUUCAUACUGCUGGGGCACAAUCAGAGCACAUAGACUGAACUAUGUAUAACAUGUGCAGUAAAACCAAAACCAUGAGCUAAAAGAGGCUAAAAAGGUUUGGAUUACUCAUCCAUCUAUGAUAGCAUGUGAUUGGAUGUUGACACUAGUUGAAGAAAAGCUCUUGGGGCAACUUGUUGACCGUGUUGCUUGCGGACUGAAUGCAUGUACGCACUCAUGGACUCACAAAAUCUGACAGAUCCACGUCUUCAACGGUAAAAUACUCAGGAUGGUCUUACCUCAGCUUUCAGCUGUUCAAUACUAAAACCCAUGUUGCUUACUAAGGGGCAGCAUUGGGACUGAGCCUAACGCUGACACGUGGACGACUGUAGAAAAUAAUGUUCUUUUUAAAUAAAGCUAACAUAGUAAAUGAUUUUUGUCAUCAUUUGCGAUCACAGCUCUCCGAAGCUACAGCAGGACACGGCGUCUCGCAGCAUGUUUGUUUUCUCAUCGACAUGACUUUUGAUUUGCAGUGGAAUGUUGAACAUACAUUAGUCAUUACGUGUUAAAUGUCAGAGGGUAAAUGAAGAGCUUGCCGGUCUUUACACGAAUCCACGUUCACGGACUCCUGAAUUGAAAUGUAUGAACAGCUGGUCAGGUUGUUUUGAUCGUGGCUGUCAUUAGGGACUACUGAACGCAGCAUUACCACGAAGACAGACACACUUCAUACACAGCUAAAGGGAGUCACCUCUCACUCGGAAUCAGUGGCCGGAGGACAAAAUGAAAGCUUAAACUGCCGGCUGGCCGGCUAGAGUUAACCACAGUAGCCGAAACCGAAACUUCAGAAACUCUUCAGAACUCUGUACCUUCUCAGCAAAACCCAACCCGUGCCUUUGGACAUCUUUCUGUACUCUGGUGGCAGUCAUAUCUCUGGAUCUCUAGACGGACAGAAGCAGCUAUCUUUUGACAUGUGUCUGACAGGCUGGUUGUCCAAACUGUCCAGCCAGACAAACGCUGACUGAACGCAGCGGUUCUGAAAUCAUCUCAGCUCUUCAGAGUCCUGUUUGAACCGAAUUUCUAACCCACAUCUUGCAUGUGUGACAUAACUCAUUUAUCAGAAUAGGGAUCUGAAGCCUGCUGUGACCACGCUGAGCCAAGCCAUGAUCCUGUGUUUCCAUUGUGGACUCCAACCAGGGGACAACUGGUUUUGACAGACCUCGUUGGUAGCAGAACUGACAGAGACCAACGUGUGAUGGUCUCAAACCCCCUGAAAACCAAAGCUGGGUCUUGCUCUGAUACCAAACAGAUACCAACCUUACUGUUUACUGACUAACGGAUGAAAACUGUGCAGUUUCCUGCUGCUGCUUCACAUUAAAAGCUUCCAGCUUUCUGAGGUAUUUACUGUGAAGCAGCUACAGGAAAUGCGACAUACUUGCCAAGGAAAUUAGCUGUUUGCUCACUGGCUUCCAUGUUUCACCUUUCACACUGCAGUUUUCCUACUGCUCCACUGGGGGGUUGAAAGGUUGCAGUUGCUCAUGGCUUGGUUCGCCCUGAUUAUCAGGAGAACAAAGAAGAGUUCAGCUAACUGGCUGUAUUUUCAGCUAACGAUCCGCAGACUCACUUGAGAAAAACUGAUGGUUUGAGCUGAGAUGGUUUUAGAAGUGCGCACAGCUGAAGGAUCGGACUCUCACCUCAACACCCAGACCAGUUCUCUCUCUCUCUCUGUCUCUCUCUCCCUUCAGAUGAAGUGUGUUGUUCUAUGUGACAUCGUGUGAUUUGGACUAAUCGUGUGGAAGACUGAUGGGUUUCUGUUCUACCACCUGGAAUACAGAAUGCUGUCUGUGAGAGCUGUGUUCUUCAUGUGGUGUGGGACAUGUAUGUGUUGGGGGGGGGGGGGAUUUGAAGGCCAGUUCAGGUUCAGGUUUACCUGCCUACUGUAACCACGUGUUACCUAUGUUUUGGUUUAAAGUUAAUAAUUCAUGCUGGUAUUCAUUGGUAUCAUGAGGAGGAAUAAAACAUUUGAUGGCCCAA